AUGAAAUUUUCUAUAUUCAUUUUGAGUUUGCUCCUGGUCGCUUGUUCUGCAAUCAACCCAAAGGAUCUUCCAAAAUGUGAAACUGAUGAAGAACUUUUCACAUUUCUAUCGUGUCUCCCGGAGACUGACGAAAUGGAAAUGGCUUUGAGGAACCAUAAAGGAAUGAACCCACCAGUUGAGGUUUAUAAGAGAGCAACGAAGGCUUGCGAAAAUAUUUUGGCUUGUCUGGCUCCACUAAAUUGCCAAGAAGCUCAAGAAGCGAAGCUAGAAUAUGAAGUAUCAUGCGAGCUUCUCACCUACUUGAGUUUGAAUCUUCGACCAUGUCUAGCCAAGUUUUUCACCAAAGCUUAUCUGGCUCAGUUUUCAAGUGAUUCCAGCUGUCUGAAAGAUUACAGUUUUUUAGAUAAAGAUUUGACGAAAAGACGCGAUGCUUAUAUUAAUGGAAAGUCAUGUUUCCUCGAAACCAUAAGAUCGGUGUGUAACAAAGAUGCUUCGGAGUAUUACACCAAAAGCUACCGAAAAUUUGUGACCACGAUUUCGAUAAAACCUGCAGAAGAAAAAUGCUCUCAUCCACACUAUCAAUUCAAUUCUCUUCAGUGUAAAGGAUUGGAGGAUGAGAUAACCUUGAGAGUGGGUCACCUCAAAGAAAGAAACAACAGAGCAAGUGCAGUGGAAGUUUCGCAAAUGAUCCAGAUGUGCAAGGACGCUCAGAAGUGCAUGAAAGAAUCCUGUGUCUUCUCCGCAGCUGAUCAUGAAUCCAUGGGAAAAAGGUGCAAGAUUCUACAGAAGCUUCUAGCCGUCUCGGAUAGCUGUUCAUCUGAUUUGGAAGGAAAAUGCUUGUGA